AUGUCGAUCCUUUAUUAUACACUUAACAAUUCAGUCUUCUCAAACUUCGCAUUUUAUUCAACAGCAUCUGUUGUUAAAAUGAUGGGUUUAUCUGCUUUAACAACUCUCAAACGUAUGUCCAAAGAUGUUUUUGCCAAUCCUGAAGAUUUAUCCUUGGCUAAAAAUAAAUCAGCCGUCGUCGUCUUAAAUGAUCCUGAUGUCGAACGCGUUCGUCGUAACCAUUUGAACGAUAUCGAAAACAUCGUCCCAUUCGUUCUCGUUGGAUUACUCUACGUUGGUACCAAUCCAGACCGCGAUACCGCUCUCUGGCAUUUCCGCAUCUUCUUUGUUUCACGUGUCUUACACACACUUACCUAUCAAUUGGCUUUACCACAACCUAGCCGAUUUAUUGCUUGUCUUGCUGGUUAUCUUACAACACUCUCAAUGGCUACACGUGUUCUUCUCACCGUUCGUCCAUAA